CUGUGCUGGGAGAAGUCUGGACCCAGAGCCAAGCUCCAGAAGGAAAAGCUCCUAACUCACACGGGAGGGAAGCAGAGGAGAACCAGGCACCGACAGACACAGUAGACAGAGAUUUAGGCUGGGCCGGGCGGCUGCUCACAGGCAGCUGACAGGCUGCCCUUGGGACCUCUGUACCCAAUGAGCGCUACAGUGGCUGCCUCUGCUGUGGCCGUGGCUGUGACAGCCUCCAAGAAGGAGUCCCCAGGCAGGUGGGGCCUUGGAGAGGAUCCCACAGGCGUGGGCCCCUCACUCCAGUGCCGCGUGUGUGGAGACAGCAGCAGCGGGAAGCACUAUGGCAUCUACGCCUGUAAUGGCUGCAGUGGCUUCUUCAAGAGGAGCGUGAGGCGGAGGCUCAUCUACAGAUGCCAGGUGGGGGCAGGAAUGUGCCCAGUGGAUAAAGCCCAUCGCAACCAGUGCCAGGCCUGCCGACUGAAGAAGUGCCUACAAGCAGGCAUGAACCAAGAUGCUGUGCAGAAUGAACGGCAACCCCGGAGCAUGGCCCAAGUCCAGCUGGGCAGCAUGGAAACAGGCAGCGAUCCCCGACCUGAGCCCUUGGCGGCCUCCCCUGCCUUGGCAGGGCCCAGUUCCCAAGGCCCCACGUCUUCAUCGGCAGCCAGAGCCAUGAGCCACCACUUUAUGGCCAGCCUUAUCACCGCCGAAACUUGUGCUAAGCUGGAGCCGGAGGAUGCGGAAGAGAAUAUUGAUGUCACCAGCAACGACCCCGAGUUCCCUGCAUCCCCCUGCAGUCUGGAUGGCAUCCACGAGACAUCAGCUCGCCUACUAUUCAUGGCCGUCAAAUGGGCCAAAAACCUGCCUGUGUUUUCCAACCUGCCCUUCCGGGACCAGGUGAUCUUGCUGGAAGAGGCGUGGAAUGAACUUUUUCUCCUUGGAGCCAUACAGUGGUCUCUGCCCCUGGAUAGCUGCCCACUGCUGGCACCACCCGAGGCCUCCGGAGGCUCUCAGAGCAGGCUGGUCUUGGCCAGUGCAGAGAUGCGUUUCCUGCAGGAGACCAUCUCCCGGUUCCGUGCACUGGCAGUAGACCCCACGGAGUUUGCCUGCAUGAAGGCCCUGGUCCUCUUCAAACCCGAGACACGCGGCCUGAAGGAUCCUGAGCAUGUGGAGGCUUUGCAGGACCAGUCCCAAGUGAUGCUCAGCCAGCAUAGCAAGGCUCACCACCCCAGCCAGCCUGUUAGGUUUGGGAAGUUGCUCCUCCUGCUCCCGUCUUUGAGGUUCAUCACUGCUGAGCGCAUCGAGCUCCUCUUCUUCCGAAAGACCAUAGGGAACACGCCAAUGGAGAAGCUGCUUUGUGAUAUGUUCAAAAACUAGUGGGCGGGUGGGCUAAGUGUGUGCACCUGGGCGACACUCUUGGAGCUGAGUAUUUCCUGUCUUUCUCACCCAGCAAUGCCACAUGUGGGGAUUUGUACCUGGCAGGAACUUCUCCCAAAAUACUUUAUUGGGAUAAUCAUAGCCGUCUUAUUUGGAGCAGCCCUAGCUCUGUUUGCACAGCAGAAUGCAUGGAUGUGUUGUGUUAUAUUCAUAGGAAAAACUUAGAGGGAUCAACAGUGGGUCCACGUGACAACAGAGGGAAAUUUCGUCGGCUAGACGUUCAACAAAAGCCAGGCAUGGGUAACUUUUAUACAGGGUUCAAGACCAGGGAGGGAGAAGGGAAGGAAGGAAGACGGGAAAGAAGAGAAAAUAAAGGAAAC